CCCGUCUGAUCCAACGAUACAAUGAUCCAGCCGUGUGUCGAUGAGGCAGAGCGCACUUGCCUGUGUUGACGCGGCGAUGCUCUUGCGUGUCAAAGCGUUUGCAGCGCUCUCUAAGCAGCUACGGAGAGAUUUCGCCUCGGAUGAGAGAUUAGGAGGAGGAGGAGGAGGAAGAGCGACCAGCAUCAGAAAGAAAAAACCUCGCUUUAUUUUGGUCCAUCGCGUCGACUCGGUGGCAGCGGCCCCGUCGAUUCUCCGAGGAAGCCGGGGGCUGGAUUUGAAAUGUCGCAGGGAUGUGCUGAAAGCUUGAUGAUGAAAGGAGGAAGAGGAGGAGAGAGGUGGAGUGAGCCCAUCCUGGCCCAGGACAGGUUUUAAUUAGACCCUCGCAAUAGCAGUGACGUCUGUGGUCAGGAGGUGAUGGCAGUGCUGACUGAGCUUCACCACCACUACUACCCAUUCCUACAGAUGGACACACCCCUCCUGAACGCCUGAGCCUGCACUGAGCGCUGCCUCCUUCCCCUCCUCUCCUUCUGCCUCCCCUUGCUCAUUUCCCACCUCUCCCGUCCGUCAUCCUCAUCCAGCUGCCACUUCCUCCCCCCCGAAUCUCUCCUCCCACUCCUCCAUCCAUUUUCCCAAAGUUUGAAUUCCACUGUACCGCUAAAAUCUUACUUUAUUAUGGCGUGUUACGGACGCUCUCUGGACUCCCCGUGUACACUGGCCUUGCUGGUGGGCUUCCAGUUUGCCUUUGUUCUCUAUUUCUCCCUUGGGGGCUUCAGAGGCCUGGUGUCUGUCCUGGUGCACACCACAGGGCCAGAGUUUGAUUAUUCUCGACCUCACGACGUCUACACCAACCUCAGUCAUUUGGGAGUACCGCCUCCCCCGCCUCGCAACUCUGGCACCGGACCCCCUCCCACAGGACCACCGCUGAGAGACUGCCAGAUCCCUUCCCCACUGCUGGUCGGACCUGUGUCUGUCCUUCUUUCCUCUCCUCUGUCCCUGGAGGAGAUCAGACUGAGGAACCCGUUAGUGUUGCCAGGCGGUCACUACCGGCCUCCUGACUGUGAGCCCCGCCACCACACAGCGAUAGUGGUGCCAUACCGGAACCGGCAGACCCACCUCCGUGCCCUCCUCUAUCACCUCCACCCCUUCCUGCAACGACAGCAGAUCCACUACAGCAUCUAUAUAGUGCAGCAGUGGGGGAACGGUACUUUUAACCGAGCCAAGCUGCUGAAUGUUGGGGUGCGGGAGGCCCUCAGAGAUGAAGACUGGAGCUGCAUCUUCCUGCACGAUGUCGACCUGCUGCCCGAGAACGACCACAACACCUACACUUGCCACAAACAGUUCCCCACACACCAGUCUGUGGCCAUGGACAAGUUCCGAUACAGGCUGCCGUACCCACAGUAUUUUGGUGGGGUGUCUGCAGUUACCCCAGACCAAUACAUGAAGAUGAACGGCUUUCCUAACCAGUACUGGGGCUGGGGUGGAGAGGAUGAUGACAUUGCUGCUAGAGUACGUCUAUCUGGCAUGAAGAUCAUGCGCCCUCCAGUGGCCAUUGGUCAUUACAAGAUGAUCAAGCAUAAAGGAGACAGAGGCAAUGAACAAAACCCACGCAGGUUUGACCUUCUGAAAAGGACCAGACUCAACUGGCGCUCUGACGGCCUCAACUCUCUGACCUACGAGCUCCUUUCCAGAGAGCUGGAGCCACUCUACACAAACCUCACCGUUGACAUUGGAGAAGAGCCCCGUGUGCCCCCCCAUGGUAAAGCACCCAGCCUCGUGAAAGCAGCAACCCCUGUCCACCAACGUAGCACCAGCAAGACCGGGGACGCAACCAAACCGGAGAAGAGGCAAGAAAGCAAAGGGGCAAACAUGACUGUGGCUAAGCCGGCAGCUGAAAAGACAGAACCUGCCCGGUUAAAGGCAGUGAAUCAGACAACGCAGGAGAAGACAGGUGUGGUGAAAUAGGAUGAGCUGUAUAAUAAAAGGACUGCAUCUCAUCUGUUGCAUAAGUGGCUGCCCCCUUCAGGAAAGCAGUGUAAAUCUGUUCUGUUGUGGGACACAAGGUAUACCAGCUUUCUGUGCUCGGUGCAGGUUAGGGAUAUUUAUGCAAUGGAUCGAAUGAACAAACGCCCUUUUUGUCUACAGGGGGGGGUUCAUUCAGGAACACGACAGAGUCGCCUCUUGGUUUAUCAUCCACUGAAUGUGACUGUGGCUCUAGUUACUGACAGACGUCUGAGGCUCAUGACUUAUUUGGGGCCAGGAGAAGAAUAGUAAACGACUCAGUUGUGUCCACGUAGAAAACAAACUGAAUGAAAAUGAGACAGCAACUAUAGAAGUCUCUGCUCUUUUCCAGAAAGCGCAACUCGUAAGCAACCCAUCUGCUGCCAGCAGACCUGCAGCUUCAUCCAGUUUGUUCCCAAAAAACUGCUGCUGUCAGUCCACCCCACUCCACGGUGGGUUUGUGUUUCUGUGCCUUCUCUCUUUUAAUGCGCAUUUUAUAGACUGGUAUAGCUGCUUUUAGACGCUAACCUGGGGUUAGUUUUACCUCUCCGGCCUCGCAGGCAAAUGUUAGAAAGCAGGGAGGCUAAAGCUGAUCCUAGAUUAGGACAAACGAUUUGUUCCAGGACUGCCGUUUUAUAUUUGUGUGCAUUGAUCAAGCGCUGACCAACUCCAUAGUUAUCAGACAAUUCGAGAGUUUAUAUUUAUAUAGAGAGACUUCUUCAUUUGUUUUCCAAUUUCUUUUACUCGUCCUUCCUUACAGUAUGGUGCCUCUCUCUCUAUCUCUCUCUCUGACAUUUAGUUCCUAGACAAUCAAAUCAUAUGGGAAGAUGACUCUGUAUCCAACCACAUAACAAUGUGAGGAAAUAUUAUCAUGAAGAGUAUCUUUACACCUGUCAGAUAAACAUAGACUUGGCAUGAUAGUUGUUGUCUAGUUUGACUAUACUCUUGAUACAUGGGUAGACCUAUGCUUCUGAUAUUAUCUGUGAUUUUAUUAUUUUUCUUUUAGUCUAGUCAGGUAUGGGUAAAAGACAAACUUGCAGACAAUAUUGUAGGCACGUGACUACACAUUCUGCCAGUUUUUAGAUUGUAUUUUAAUUAUAAAAAAGGUCAUAGUAACGAAAAAGCACUGUGUAUAGAUCUAGGUCAGCUUUGUACUAGAAGUCCUGACGUCUUCACAGAGGGUCUCAGCAUAUUAGACCCGGGUGUAUCUAAAAGCUAUAAAUGAAUGUCUGCCUCUACUUGUCUGUCACUUUUGUAUCUUAAAGGAAAGGAGACAAGGAAGAAGGACACAUGUUUAUUAGAGAGAAAAUGUCAUGAUUUUAUUCUGAGGGCUAACAAAUUAGGACAUGCAUGUAGGUAAUUUAUGCUGACGGAUCAAUUAUCAUCUACUCUACGUCUCACAGACAUUCAGUUUCUGUUUCCAUAUCAUCCAUUUGGAAUGUAUUAUUUUCAGUUUACCUUUUGUGAAGGGAGACUUUAUCAGUUGAGCUUAGUUCUAGGACUUUAUUCUGAUCACACGUAGGAUUUCUUGCUGCUAUAGGGAAACGGUGAACUGUGCAAUUAACCAGCUUGAAAGAUUACGUAUCGUUACACAUUUUCAGGUGUGGAGUUGAGUUUUAUCACACUAACAAUGUAUUACUUUUGCUAACUUGAAUGUAUUUAAUUUAUUCAUUUAUUUAUUAAGUGACUGAUAAAGCUCAAUGCUGUGUUUUAGGGGUUGCAAUGACUUUCUCCAGUGACUAUAAUACCAUAUUAUACACUCCACGUUUCUUAUGUUAACAUUGUGCCUCAUGAAAUAAGACCGUUACUGAAGGACUGAGUUCAUACUGCUGGGCUAUAUGUGACCGCCCUCUAGUGGUACAGGGUGGCAUUGCGCCAGCCAAGUGGAACCGAGUACUGAAUGAAACUGCAGUGUUGUGACAUGAAUGCUAAUCAUCAAUGUUGGCCAUUCACAGGUUUCAGCCAAUCAAAUCUUUGCAUUGCUCUGUGUGGAGGGUUUCUCUUUUGCGUAGUAUCACAUGAUUGAUCCUGCCAGCUUAAAGGUGUAGAGACUGUAACUCUGCAUUUUACUGGUUUACAGAACCAAAAACUACACGGGGAGUGUUUAUGAAUGGAUAUAGUUUUAUAGAAGGAAUCUGUGUUUAUUUAUGAUGAAAUAUUGCCAGUUAUAAACAAAGAGUGCGGUCUUGACAGAGUACAUUGGGAGAUAAUAAUGCUCGAUUUCUUAGCUUUGUACUACAUGGUAGUUUAAUUGCAUAUCAAUAGAUAAUAUAUCCACCUUAUAUCAUAUUGCCUGGGACAAUGCCUGUAUGACAUGAAGCAGUGACACACUAAAAGCUUUUAAGGAGGUUAUGUAAUCUCAACAGAUUAAUCAGCAUACUGUGUGUUUACCUGGAGAUUGUUCUAUAUUUAAUAAAUAGGCUAGUUUUUAUAAAUGAUGUUUUCGCAUUAAGUGUUGGAAAUAUAUACUGUGUUGAAUGCAAAUUCAGUAAACAGGAUUGGGACUUCAUGGCAACAAUUUUUAUUUAUUUUAAGAGUUAAUUUGCUGUCAUUAAACACACGUGUGAGAAGUGUAAACGUGAUUGCUGAGAACCACCUGACUAGAAGGAUGGGAUGCUUAUGUAUUCAUGACAAAUAAGACGUAAUUAAUCCACCACUUAUAAUUGAGGACCAUAAUAUUUGCAUCAUGCAAUGAUACCUGUCGUCUUAGGUUGCCUUAUUUAUUGACCAUGUCUUUACUAUGAAAGAUUGUAAGUCUGUGUGUGUGUGUGUGUGUGUGUGUGUGUGUGUGCUUGUGUAGAGAGCAAGGUCGUCAGAAAAGGCAACACAGGCAGUGAACUAUAUGAUGGACAGUGUUGUUGCAGAAAGCAAAUAUAUAUACCAAUAAAAAACACAUAAUCAAAAUGUGA